CACGUGACGUUCUGGGUGUUUCUUAAAGCCGCUAUCGUGUGAGCGUGUUGUUGUCAGGCUCUCUGCUGCGGUGAUAAAGUGUUAAAAGGAGAGCUAAAUUAACCACACGGCUAGCAUACACAGAUAACAAGCUUAAUCUUACGACCAAAACGCCUGUGGUUUUUGUUACGAGGAACAGCACUACAAACCAGUGGGCUUCAGUUUUAUUUUGCCCUUGCUGUUGUUAACUUGUUACGCUGACGUUAGCAUAGCUAGCCCAACAUCUGCUAAGCUAGCUAGCUAACUAUCCGCGUCAAGGCUGUUGUUGUGUUGCUGUGAUUUUGCCCUGACAAGACGCCGGAGAGGAACCGGAGGAACAUGAAGCAGAUCGGGGGUUUCCAGUCAUGGUGCCUUGGAGUAACGUUACAGUUAAUUAUCGCUGCCGUCCUGCACCAGGGUUUUGCUACUGUUGCGCCGCCCACAGCUGCACCGUACAAAGACCCUGGCAGACCUGAGAAAGGAAACUACCAGGUCAACGGCACCAACGGUACUGCCUGUUUACUGGCAUCCAUGGGUCUCCAGCUCAAUAUCACCUUCAACUCUGUCUCCCAGAAUAAGACUGUGCAGGAUGUUGUGAACAUUCAGCCCAAUGUGACGAAGUACUCUGGGUCAUGUGACCCAGACAAUGCAACGCUGCAUCUCUCAAUGGAUGCAGAGAAGACCAACCUGAUCUUUUUCUUCACACUGAAUACUACUUCCAAUAAGUACCACCUGAGUGAAGUUUCUCUAUCAGCAGCCUGGCCAGACAUGAAAGAACCCUUCUCAACCCGUAACCGCAGUCUGAACUACCUGCAGGGCACCCUGGGGUACUCAUACUUGUGCCGUGAAGAACAAACUCUGAUUGUGGACCAAUAUUUGUCCAUCAACAUCUUCCAGGUGCAGGUGCAGCCUUUCGGUCUCACCAAAGAUGAGUUUGGAGCAGCUGAGGAAUGCCAGUUGGAUGAAGAUGACAUGUUGAUCCCCAUCAUAGUCGGAGCGGCUUUAGCAGGUCUCGUCCUCAUCGUGCUCUUGGCCUACCUCAUUGGCAGGAAGAGGAGCCAUGCUGGCUACCAGACCAUCUGAGGUCACUUAACACUCCCAGAGGGUGCUGUCCCACCCCUGAGAUUAACCACUGUUUUAUGAGACUUAACACUCUACCCUGUCCCCUUCUAUCUCUCCAUCACUCAUCUUCUCUGUCUGUCUGUCUGUCUGUCUGUGUGUUUUCUUUGCUCUCAUCAGUAACACUAGUCAUUAUCACUUGGUAGAGGUUGAUAUGCUCGUUCUGAACUGACCCUUUUUUUAUAAAAUAGGGGCUUUGUUUGGAGAUUGUGAUGAAAUGAGGAAACCACCUACUGGUACUACGUAAAGCAGGGCAUGGAUGUGGAUCAGAGGGUCCAUGAGAGCUCACAAAUUGUAUUCUAUUUAUGAUUUCUUUAAAAGGAACUUUAAGGGAUUGUGGGAGUUGAGGGAAUUGCUACUGCAGCUUUUCUUGUUUAUCUGCUUUUGGGUGACCAUUUUUAGUGGUCUUGCCCUUAGUGAAAUAUAAUAAGUUAUUAUGAAGGGAAUAGGUCUAGCUCUUUACCUUCAUCCACUUCAGACAGUAAAGAUCUGUUUUUUAUUGCAACUUUUCAUUUAGCCCAAGUAUGCAGAUUUUACUUAUCAUACUAAAAAUACAGUAAACUAAUCCUAAAAAGGAUAUGCGAAGAGUCCCCUUCAUAGUAAAGAUGCAUUAAGGACUUCAUUUUGUUCACUGGGAUUAGUUUUUUUUAUGAUUUCUCUCAUAAAUGUACUCAGUACAUAUUGUAUUGAGGCUUUAAAUGCAGUUGUCAACUUUGUAAGAUCAUUUGCUUUGGCUUUUUCCACUUACUUUAAAGGAAUUAUUCAACAUUUAGGGGAAAAAGCUUAUUGUCUUUUUUUUUGUCAAGAGUCGGAUGAGAAGAUCAAUACCACAGACAUGAGAAUGGUAUCGUCUUUGUAUCUAACUCUAGGCAUGUGAAUUUCAAAAAAUGUCAAACUAUUUCUUUAAAGUGAUUGUUGACACUUUCUUGGUUUCUGCUGUUACAAUGUUCACAUGCAACAGAAGUUGCCUAACCCUUGUGUUGUCUUCUCGUCAACCAUGAAAAAAAAUAGUUUUUUCAACAUUAUUAUCACUUUUUCCCCACAUUAGUGUAACUUUUUCACUUUUUUUUUUAUGCUUUUGGUGUUUUUUUCAACCUUUUUGUGAUACGUUAGGGUUAGGGUACAUUUUUUGUGACAAAAAACAAAAUUAAAUGAAAAUGGGUCAAUUUGACCCGAGGACAGCAUGAGGGUUAAACAAAAAAAAACACUACCGUUGGCUUAUGCGGAUGAAAAAGCUCAAGACAUCACUGUAAGGGUGUAAAAGUGUUACAGUCCACUGGGUGGUUUUGUUCAAGUUUGUUUCUUUAAUUACCACAUGGCUAGGCUGUUACUUUUCUUUUCACUUAAUAUGGGCCCACUUAGGAUUGUUUUUUUCUGAAGGGAAAUAAGUUGCACUAAAUUUCUAACGAAAAGCCCCAUGUAAAGAUUUAAGUGGCCAAAAUGCUCUGGUCAGUGUUCAUCAGUGCCUUCUCAGCUGUAACAUUGAUGGGGUUAAAGUAACGCCAAUACCAUAGAGGUACUCAUUCACUGACACUGUGUGCUGCCAUGUUUGGGACAUUUGUCUCGCACAUAGCCUUCAUGUACUGUUACUACCAUAAAUAUGCAUUUGUUAGAUGUUGUUGAAGAAAAUAUGUUUUUGUAUGUUUUUUUUUUUUUUUGUUCUUCUCCCUCAUCUAAAUAUCCAUGUAGUGAUUUAAUUAGUUUUUAAUGGUUUGUUUGAACUGUUUUCUAAAGGAGUAAAUAAAAUGGAAUGAACGAGA